AUGCACCGUAUGCGUCUUGAUCGCUACACUUUCCAGAACGACACCAGGUGUUUCGCGGAACUUGGAAGCGAAGCAGAGGCUGCCAAGGUCAUUGCAGAGCUUAAUGACGCAGAGCUACAGCGCAAGAAGCUUAUCGUCAGGCCUCUCAAAGACGACUUCAUUUGGGGCCCCGUGCAGGACAAGCGAGACCACAAGUACGCUACUCGCUACUUCUUUGACGAGGGCCCCGCCGCUGCACUCGAAGCUGUACACCCAUUGCUCGAAGGUCGUCGCUUGAUGGUUAGAGUUCAGACACCCGGUUGGACGUCCAAUACCAGCAUCGGCAAACAGAAACAGAACGCGCUGCGGAUACUUGACGAGCAGUUCGCCAAACAUGGUACCAUCGAACGCAUCAGUGACUUCGCGCCAUUCUACGGCGAUAAGAAAAAAGAACCGCGCAUUCUUUGCUUCAUCGAUUUCGCAACCAAAGAGGGUGCAGACAAAGCGAUCGAGAACAUUCAUGAUACGGAAAUCGAGGGUCGUUUGACGUGGCUGACGCGUUCUGAGACCAAUCAAUACAGGAGCCACCAAAUUGGGAAGGUAGCCCCAGAGGCGCUCAAACAACUACAAGAACGUGGUGUGGCACCUAAAGACGAAGAGCUUCACGAGGACAAGUUUGUCAAUCCGCUACCCAAGAAGGAGUAG